CCUUCAGGGUGUUUGCAGGAGAGGCAGCGGCAGGAAAGCCUUUGCGUAGAUGUCCUUUUUAUACACAUAUCGUUUGUUGCGCUUUUGCUUAACACUGGAGCCAAGAAGCGAUGACUCAGCGGAGCGGACCCCGGUUGGAGGUUGAUUGACUGAGGAAGAGCCAUAGGGAACAAACGGGAAAGGAGGACGGUCUGUUCAUGCUUCUGAAGAUCUUUAACCAACUGACUGCGGUUUUGACAGAUCAAGCUUGGCCAAUGAAAACGUCCUGUACAUUUAGAAACAAAAGGAGAACAUUUAGGAGCAGAGUUGUGGCCUCCAGCGUCCCUGUCAGAGGGAGGAAAUACUGAUGCCAGUCUGCCGUGUGACUGGCCGGAGCGAUGGCAGUCACCAAGGAGGAGACGCUCAAAGGAGGUAGAAGGACGUCUGGGGUUACAACCCCACCCGAAGGCGGCUGGGGUUGGAUGAUUGUCGCUGGCUGUUUCCUCGCCACCAUCUGCAUCCGGGCUGUGACCAGAUGUGUUUCCAUGUUCUUUGUGGAGUUCCAGCUGCACUUUGAGAAGGACUAUUCCACCACUGCUUGGAUCCACAGUCUUAUUGACUCCACCACCAUGCUAUGUGCUCCUCUAGGUGGUUUCCUUGGGAGCCGUCUCUCCUGCAGAGCUACAGUGAUUCUGGGUGGUGUGCUGUCUUCUGCUGGUCUGGUCCUCAGCUCCUUCGCUUCUAGUCUGGAGUAUCUCUACAUUUUCCUGGGCAUCCUCACAGGUCUUGGCUUUGCUCUCAGCUACACACCAGCCAUAGCGAUGGUUGGGAGGUACUUCAGUGAGAGGAAAGCUCUGGCCUAUGGCAUCGCCCUGUCUGGUAAUGGCAUUGGGACCUUCAUCCUGGCUCCUGUAAUCCAGCUGCUUAUAGAGCAUUACUCUUGGAGAGGAGCUCUGCUCAUCCUGGGAGGAUUUGUUUCCAACCUUUGCGUUUGUGGUGCUCUGAUGAAGCCGCCGGAAGCAAGAGGAGGUGAAAGGAUAUGGGAUAACAUUACUAAUCUGGAUCAAGAUUGCACGGCAACGGCGCUGGAUUCCAAAAACACGGAUCAAGUACCUGCUGACUGCAGCCAAGUGGAGCCAAAGCAGCUGGAAAUAAACAAACUAAAGGAAACUCAAGGGCUACUCAUAGCUAACGAAGCAUUCAAAAAUAUUGGACUUGAAAAUGACAAACUAGGUCAGGUGAACAUAGCACUGCUGUCAAGCCCGACAGAUAUGAAGAUAGCUGAAUGCAUUUUAUUUAGCAACAAGCUAACAGAGACAAUGCUAGGGGAGAUCAAACGCUCAAAUCCUAAAUUAGCAAAUGGCUGCACGAUUGAGGACAAAAAACUGGUGGAAAACAUGAACUUGAACAAUAAAUCCGCUGACAUGACUUCUAAGUUAGAAGAUUCAGGACCCACUGAGGCUAAACCAACAGGUGUCUGUCACUUAGAUAAAACCACUAGCCCGCCUCCAGAGCCUUUAAUGAACACGCAAACGUUGUCCAGAGGUCAGUGUUUUUCCCGGGAGGAGUUUGGAUUUCUUACGAUACCUGACUUCUUGAUUAUGUCGGUGUCCUUCCUGUUUUUGGCGUAUGGCUGCAGCGCUCCGGUAGUUUACCUGGUUCCUUAUGCACUCAGUGUGGGGGUGGAGCACCAGCACGCUGCCUUCCUCAUGUCCAUAUUUGGAGUCAGCGGCAUUGUGGGGAAUAUCACCUUUGGAUGGAUCACAGACAGGAAGUGUCUGAAGAGGUAUCGCAUGCUGAGCUACAUGGUGGCGAUUGGCAUGGAGGGCCUCUGCUGUAUGUUCAUCCCCCUCCUUCACUCCUUCUCCCUCCUGGUCCCAUUUUCCGUACUUUACGGGUACUUUGAUGGAGCAUAUGUAGCUCUCAUCCCAGUGGUGACCUCUGACGUCGUGGGCUCCACCUAUCUCACCACCAGUCUGGGUGUGGUCUACUUCCUGCAUGCUGUCCCCUACCUGGUCAGCCCACCGAUAGGAGGUUGGUUAGUAGACAGGACGGGCAACUACGCAGCAACCUUCUUCCUCAGCGGGGCUUCCUUCAUGUUCAGCUCUAUGGUCCUAGUAGCUACCGUGUUAGUCAGACACUGUCGAAGGUCCAAGUCUAACUCAGCUGCACAUUUGACUCCCAGUCACCCUGCUGCUGCAGCUCAGCAGGGCAUCAUAUGAUGUGUCAGUCAUGAUGCUGCUUCUCCAUCUGUGCCGAGGUGCACCUCACCACUGCUAGGCUGAGGGUUUACAAAGAAUAUAGUAGGGGUGCUAUUUUUAUGUGUAUCUUCUGCUGUUGAUGUGUUUUGGGCUCAGAUUCAACAAAAACAGUGCCCAGAAUAACCAAAGCUGGAGAACCUGUGCCUUUUUGAAAGAAACUGCGACGCACAACAAAAUUCUUCUUACAAUAUUAUUUACAACAUUUAACUUUUUGUAUCAAUACUUACCAAGAUCUACAUUUUUUUGACAUACAUUUCUUUUUUUCUAAGAUAUUAAAAGCCAUUUGUGAUUGCUUAAUAAAACCCCUCAUAUAAUGUAGGAAUAUGUGAAAAAAAUCAAAUAUAUUUAAAAAAUAUUACAAAUACUACAAAGAACAGUACACAGGGAGGAGAAGAGGGUUGAACUUCCCAUAUACCUGGGAAGCUGGACAGAACAUAAUGAAGUCUGGACUGAUGCUGAUAUUUAGUUGUGUCUGCUAAACCUUUGCUUUUGUAUUUUGCAUUAGAUCUGAAGAUUCCUGGGAAAUAAUGGUGCCAGUGACUCUUUAUGAGUCAAUUUAUGAGACUGUGAUUUGAAAAAGUGUGACCUUUUUGAAAAUCACAUUAAAAAAUAUAUCUCC